UAAAAACCUCACGUUUCAAACUGUUCUCUUUUAGGGUUUUCCUGUGAAGCUAGGGUUUAGGCGCUUGCGGCUCGACGACAAUGGAGGAGCUGGAUCCCACGCAAUACUACAACAACCGGCUCGCAAGCCUUGCGUCGCUGCCGACGAGCCCCUAUUCCCAGAUGUUCCGGGUGUCCAUGACCUUCGAUCACUAUCGCGAGAAAUUCAAGGGCCUCAGCAAUGGAGAGCGCUUGGCUGAGACGACCGUGUCCCUCGCAGGGAGAGUGAUGUCUAAGAGAGCGUCGGGCUCGAAGCUCGUGUUUUACUCGCUGGAGUCGGCCGAGGGAACAAUUCAGGCUGUUUCGGAUGCCAGAUCGCUCGUUGGUGGUAACUUUGCGGCUGUGCACGCAAACAUCAAGCGCGGGGACGUGGUCGGGGUGUCGGGAAAUCCAGGCAUGAGUAAUCGUGGAGAGCUCAGCAUCUUUGUCAAGGAGAUAAUCCUGCUAGCGCCUUGCUUGUACAUGCUACCAAAGGGUGGAAAGAACAGGGUAAGCAAAGGAGUUUGCCAUUGCGCAGUGUGCUCAAGUUUUCUUACACAGGACGAGCAAGCAACCUGGAGGCCUGGGAAACCAAGAAAUCCAAACGCCUAUGUGCUGAAAGAACAGGAAACGAGAUAUAGGCUCCGGUUCCUUGACAUAAUAGUGAACCCGGAAGUGAAGUUUGUCCUUGAGACAGCACACUCCGCGGUGAAUUAUAUUCGCUCGUUCUUGGACCAGCGUGGCUUCAGAGAGGUAGAGACGGCGAUUCUCAACUCGAAAGCUGGUGGUGCAGCAGCCAGACCUUUCAAUACGCAUCAUGAUGCGUCGGAAAUGGAUAUGAGCUUGCGGAUAGCACCUGAGCUGCAGCUCAAACAGUUGCUUGUGGCGGGUUAUAAUGGCGUAUAUGAGGUUGACAAACAGUUUAGAAACGAAGGGAUGGAUCUUACGCACAACCCGGAGUUCACGACUUGCGAGUUUUACAGCGCGUAUUCUGAUUACCACGAUUUGAUGACAAUGACGGAGGAGCUUCUUUCAGGAUUGGUUAAGAAAAUCACUGGUGGAUAUACGGUUUCGUAUCACUCCAAUGGCUAUGACAGCCCUCCUGUCGAGAUCGACUUCACUCCCCCAUUCAGGAGGAUCGAGAUGGUCAACGGCCUUGAAGACACAAUGGGCAUCGAGCUUCCAAAAGACCUUGCAUCAGAGGAGGCAAACGAGUUUCUGAAAAAAACAUGCGAGGCCAGGGGUGUGUAUUGUGCUCCUCCUCUGACUACGUCAAGGCUUCUGGACAAGCUGGUGGGACAUUAUCUAGAGGAGACUUGUGUAAAUCCCGCUUUUAUCAUCGACCAUCCCCUCAUUAUGAGUCCGCUAGCGAAGCAACACAGGUCCAAGCCAGGUCUCACAGAACGCUUUGAGCUCUUCGUAAACAAGCAUGAGCUGGUGAAUGCGUACACAGAGUUAAACAACCCCGUGGAACAGAGAGAUCGAUUCGUCCAACAGCUUAAGGACAGACAAGGUGGCGAUGACGAAGCGAUGGUGUUGGACGAGGACUUUGUCAAGGCUAUGGAGUAUGGGCUUCCUCCUUGCGCUGGAUGGGGAAUGGGAAUCGAUAGGCUGGUCAUGCUCUUGACAGACUCUCUCAAUAUCAAGGAGGUUCUCUUGUGCCCCGCAAUGAAGCCACCAGAGGCAGUGCCACCACCUAACGAGAAAGGUACCCCUCAAGCAUAGAGCGUAGAAAAAAACGAAGAUUAAUAUUACCCAAGUUUUGAGUUCUUUGCAAAAACAACCGAGAGAAAAAAUGAAACAAAAGAAAAGAUUUUUUCUCACGUU